AUGGAACGCUUAGACCAUAAAUUGGCCGAGUUGUUGCCGAAUUACCCAGCAAUUUGGAAGAGGGGCUGCAACGAUUUUAAGAAUAAAGUCAAGAAAGAAAAUAGCUUCAAAGCUAUUGCUAAGGAACUAAAAACCACCGUCGAAGUUGUGAUUGGCGGAUAUAAAUACUUACGUGAGAGAUUUCGAAAGGAGAAUGAAAAAAUCGAAAAAGAAACAAGGAGUGGAGCUGGCUUGUCUGAAGAAAUAGUGUGGCCACUAUAUGAAUCAUUAAGGUUUUUGUCCAGCGUUAUCUUAAAAAGAAAAACGGAAACAAACUUAGCAUUGCCCACCGAUACCCUGAAUGAAGACCUUAGUGAAUUUCAGUUUGAAACAUUAAUGGAACUGAACGAUGACAAUAGCAAGAUGUCAAUAAUUAUGGAUACUGAAAAGGAUGAAGAAAUCAAUGAUAUAAUUUAUAUAGUGGAAGAAAAAACUGCUAAAGAAUGUGCUUCCGAAAAUAUUGAAUCCACCAAAUUGCCUCAAAUAAACAAUCUGGAAAAAAGUGCUUCAAAAGACAUGCAUCAGAAACUUUGA